AUGGCCAUGCGAGCCGGCGCGUGGAAGGGGCUGCUGGCGUUCUGGCGUUUUUGCGGCGAGCUCCUGAGCCAAAAGCAUGGCGUAGUAGAAUCUAUUGGUGAUGGUUUUGCUUGGUGGGGAGGUAUUUGUUUUCGUCAUCCUGUGAAGGUGAUUUUUGGUUCUAUUGUUGCAUGUUUAGUACUGGCCUCCGGUUUGCUUCCGCCGACACCGAUUUGGAUAGACGGCGCAGAGCGGCUCUAUACGCUGCCCUUUUCUCGGGCCAGAGACGAUGGCAUACUACACGAAAACCUUUUCGGGGAUGUACACGGGCGAAAGAGCGUGGUAAUUCUUACUCAUAAGAACAGAGGUACCAACAUUCUGACCUGGGAGCAUCUGGAAGAGGUGCGACGCAUCGACUCCAUCAUUCAAGGGAAGGAUACGGACCCGGAAAUGGGAAGAAAACUUGUCAUUCCGCGGUCUCCUGAUGUCAUAGCUGCUUCAAAAAAAAACGAUAAUGAGGAAGGGGGCACAUCAGCACCUGGGCAGCACAGCGUGACAGAUGACUCGGCCUUUCUUACCUUUGAGGACGUGUGUCUGCGGAACGCCCUGGGUGCUUGUUCAGCUGAAUCAGUCUUGUCGUUCGGUUUGGCGGACUAUAAGGCUGCGGGUCUAGUGAAGGGCGAGCCGGAGGUUUGGCUGUUCGGAGGCACCGCCUUCAAUGUGCAGCAAGUAGCCUUCAUUCCAGAAUACUACUUAGGAGGCUUCACGAAGGAGCCUUGUGAGAGGCGCAUGCCUCGGGCAAUCGCAGAGCGCUUGUUGCCUCCUUCAGCCGUUAGGGAGCUACCUACACCCGAGGAUGCCUUUGUGCUUGGAUCGAUUGAGUGCAUAACUUCCGCAAGUGCUCUCAUGCUGCAUUACGAUGCAGAUGGACAACCAGUGCAUGAGGAAAGGAAUGCAACUUGGGAGAGGCUGCUCAUUCAAGUCCUGAAGGCAAAUCAGACAAUUGGAAAUCUACGCGCCUACUUUCAGGCUUUUCGGUCGCGAGACGAUGAGCUGAAGGCUUCUACCGCAGAGUCCAAAGAUGUUGUAUACGUGGUGUUCACUUUCUUCCUCCUCGCCAGCUACUCCACAGCCCUCAACUUUUCCUGCGAUUUGUAUCGCUCCAAAAUGUUAAGCUCGCUUAUGGGGUUCUUCGCGGCGUUUAUGGGCCUAGGAGCUGGCAUGGGUAUUGUGGCGUACAUGCAGGUGGCCAUGGUCCCCACAGUGCUCAUCUGCCCGUUCCUAGUUCUAGGCAUUGGCGUCGACGACGUGUUUGUGCUUUUGAAUGCAUACUGCAUGGGGUAUACUACGCACGACCCCGAGCAGCGUUGCAUUGCGACCCUUAAAACCUCAGGCUUGGGGAUUACCAUCACCACGUUGACGAAUCUGAUAUCCUUCGGAGUGGGCUCUUUCAGCACAUAUCUCUCCAUCCGGAACUUUUGCGUGUACAGUGCAAUGGCGCUCUUCUUAGGCUACAUUUUCGUCCUCACAUUCUUCUUCCCAGUGCUCUGUCUUGACGCCAAAAGGGAGUUUUACUCCCGCGUUUCCCCCUUCUGCCUUCCCACCACUUCGCAGCUGCACCAGAAACUCGAAGAAGAGAGGAACGCACUAGGGCCCACCGAGCUGUACGUUCACGACGUGCUCAAAUCGGUGUCGCAGGAGGAGAUCGUGGCGUACAGAGUGCAAGUAUUCUUUGAAGAGAGAAAACUUCGAAAAGCAAUGGUGAAAGAAGAGAAAGACAAACAACUAGCGAUUACGGAUGCACAAAACAAAAGCACUUCCAAGCCGCAAAUCACGGACUCCCCCUGGCGCUUCCUCACAAAAAUGUUUUUCCAGCCAGCGAAUGCGGAGAGGCAUGGCCAGGAGCUCAUCAUCAAGACCACUGUGCGUGGUCUCAAUCCUCAGCUGGCGCGUUAUGCGUUGUAUGAUGAACCUCGAGGCUCUGUAGGACGUAGGUGGAGGACGUUCUUCCUGUCUUACUACGGACCCUUUCUCAUGAAGAAGCCUGUAAAGAUCGCAGUGCUAGGAGUGUUCCUCACCAUUGCCGCGGUCAGCAUCUAUGGGUUCUCAAAGCUGGAGUUAGGGCUGGAAAUCUCGGAGCUAGCACCUACCACGUCUUACAUGCGGCGCUUCGACGACGCGUACGUUGAGUAUUUCAACAAGUUUGACCAGCCAACAGACAUCUUCUUUCUUCCCACGCCUGCGCUUUCCGAGCAGCAGCAGCAGCGAGACAAAGGAGCCGACACGGAUCUGCUGAACCCCGGAGAGUUUUUAGGACGGGGAUUUGCCUCAGAAUCCACCGAUCAGAGGCCCCCAACGCAGUUGCAGGCCCCCCAGUGGUGGAAGCCAGAAGUUCAAGCCGCUCUGAGGCUUCUUCACCACCGUAUAGCGUCGAGAGAGUCUACGUCGAGGCUUGUGAAUCCCUUCAUUGCAAUGCUGGAUGACCCCGAAAUCGGGCCUAAGCUUCGGCAAGGCGACAAGCAGAUCUUUCUGGAUACUCUUUACUACCAGCUGAUGCAGGCGGGCUCCCCCUACCGCCAGUUCGCUCUGGAUUUUGUUUGGAGUGGCUCCGAGCUCAAAUCCUUCCGCAUGCGCUUGCUGCCCAAGUUUAUGGCCCGAUCAGAGCAAAGGGCGUUUUGGAUGCAGCAGCUGCGGGAGGACUGCGACGCAGCAAUGAACCCCAAGGCUCUACUGAAAAAUAUGCUGCAGGAGGCGGAGCUUCGGGAGUCUACGGAUUACUCCAAGGAGCUGCAUGACUUGGAGGAGCUGAAGGCGGUCCCCAUCGCUCCUCUUAAGGUUGCCUCGUACACCUACAUGAUGGUUUUCUAUGAAAGCGACUUGGGUAUUCUUAGCUCCGUCCUCAUCAACAUGCUUUCUGCAGGAGUAGCCAUGCUGCUCGUAGCGUUCAUUCUGAUUCCCGAGCUAAGUGCUGGUCUAUUGGUGAUCCUGAUGAUUUGCCUCAUCGAUUUGGCCCUUUUCGGCUUUAUGUAUUUCUGGCAUGUAAAGCUGCACAUGGUGUCAACGAUAGCAUUGGUCAUUUCGAUUGGAUUUGCGGUGGAUUAUUCUGCGCACAUGUGCCACUGCUUCACGCACUGUCUCGGAGAGACCCGCGAUCAAAGGGCGAUAGAGGCGCUGGUGCUAAUGGGGAACCCACUCUUCCACGGAGCCUCAUCAACUUUGCUGGGUAUCUUGCUCCUUGGCUUUAGCGAGUCUUUUGUCUUUACCGUCUUCUUCCGGAUGAUGGUCAUGGUGGUGCUGUUUGGAGCGGCACACGGCAUGGUACUGCUUCCAGUUAUCCUCUCAUGGCUAGGUCCCAUGCCUUCUGCCCACGGGAAAGCGGAGCUCGACGAUGCGGGUAGCCAUGUUGACGAAGACGGCGAUUCAAAAUCAACGAUGCAGGAGACAGGCACAGCGACGGCCAAUGGCCCCGCGGAUGAGAGAAGUCUGUACGACUCGCUGCACAUGGCGAUUCCCCCCCCAAGCCUCGCUCUUAAGCCUACCAGCUCCAAGCUGGGGUGCAAAGCCCCUUGUGCAAGCUCGGUUGGAGGCCGCAGUUACAACUACCCCCCCGCCGCGCAUCCCAGUUCCUUCCUGCCAAUACCACCGCAAAAGCUCGCUGGAAGCAGCGGCCUCUUCACAAGAGACAGGGAGGCUGCCAGCACCAGCAGCCCCAUGAGGCGUUCUAGGUCUGCGGCAGCGGCCGCCUCAUCCAGAAGCGGGAUUGGGGAGAGCCAGCCUCGCAAUCACCAGCAUUUGUCCCGCCACACCUCUCUCUUCUCACGCACAGACCAGCUCUCCGCUACCAGAAGCCUUGACGGCAAACAGCGAGCCCACAGCAUCAGCGCUUACAGUGCAUGUGGAACGCGGCCGCAACUCCCGUCUUGUGUGGAGGACCCCAGAAGGGCACCACGCCGCCUUGGUGGCAUGAACAGCACGAGCUACAGAGUAAGUGACGCCUUCAUGCCAGCUGAAUCUGCGGGGCACCCGCAGCAGCCGACUUCUAGCUCGAUUUUAGGGCAGUCGGCUCAACAGAAUCACAGGAAGCAGCCACCCCGGCAACUCCUGUCACCUGUCAAACACAGGACCACCAGCAGCGGUAGUGGACAACGCACAUCGCAAGAUACAUCCCGACCUUUCAGCGGUAAUGGACGCAGUAAGGGCACAGUGAGAAGCGAAACGUAUCAGUAG